AUGCUCAAUUCAUGGAAGGCGGUUCGGCCCUGGGAUUCUUGGGUGCGCUCCGCGCUGGGAAUGGGGGCCAGGUCCCGACUCUGGAGCGGGACUCGAUGUGAGUGGCCGGCGAAGAGCGACGGGAUCGGUCGACGAGGCCGCAGGGGCCAGAGAUUGGUUGUGUCGGUAGGCGCGAGUGUCGGACUGCGAGCAGCAAUUGACGGCAAUCAGCGGCGUGGUGGCAGCGGGAAGAAUGUCCGGUCGUACGACUGUCGGCAGAAGGCGAUGGACAGACGGGGAGGGAGGCGUGGUGUCAGCCGGGAGGCAGGACGGAAAGACCCAGAGGGAAAACAAGCUCGAGGGUCGAAGUCGUAUGACGCUGGUCUGGUUUUGCGGCGCCUUAUUUUUCCUCAAGGAUGCGACUUGACUUGCUGGGGGGUGCAGGUCGAGGGAGGGAAGAAGAGAGGGGCGGGUGUUAAGUGGUUCCCAGAGUGA